CUAAUGACAGGUGGAUACCCCCUUGCAGUUGUAUUCUUUGUUUCUGAUGCGUUGUGUUUUUGUUAUUGUAUUGACUAUAUGAAUAAAGCUUCCAAAAAAGAAAACGACGAAGAAGAAAAGAGAAGACGAAGAAGAAGAAAAGAGACGAAGAAGAAGAAAAAAGAAGAAUAGAAACAUUAGUCUGGUGGUGACUCAAAAAUUGAUAAAAAAAAAAAUCUAAAACAAAACAUUUGCGGCACAAGCUAGACACCUUGUUUUUCGACGCGGGAACACUUAAAACGCCAAAGGGACGGAAACGGAAAGCGUCAUUUUAGGUGGGAACGAGACAACGUAAAGGGAUAGCCUGUCGAAAGCAAAAGCUGAGAUUUCGACGGAAUGGUCUAAAUGUGUGAAGGAAGUCUGUAUAGCACCAACGUUGUCUUUGCAUUGAGGUAAAUACCAGUUGUUUAUUUUAAUAUUAGGCGUAAACUGACCAACCCGCAAUGGUCAAUUCUUCGAGACUGUAACCGGACAGGUCCUCCGAUUUAUAUAAACAAAUGCUUAGAAACGCGUCACAUUCCUCCCCGUCCCAUGAAAACAAACAAUGAAACCCCCAAACCAGUCCAAACAUUGGAUAUUUUAGUCGAUGGACGACAAGAAGUGAAGAAGAAGUCAAGUGACGGAUCCGCCCGCCGGCGGAUGAAUCUUUAUCGUCGCCGGAAUGGAACUGAUGUUUGCCGAGUGGGAAGAGGGGGAGAGGUUCUCAUUUGAAGACUCUGACCGAUUUGAGGAAGACUCUUUGUGCUCUUUCAUUUCUGAGGCUGAGAGCCUCUGCCAGAACUGGAGAGGAUGGAAGAAGCAAUCUGCUGGAGCCACAUCUCCGACUGCGAGGGCUACAGAUGGUCAGGUCAUUCCAUUGGUGGAGUUGUCAGCCAAACAAGUAGCCUUUCACAUCCCAUUUGAGGUGGUAGAGAAGGUUUACCCCCCUGUGCCAGAACAACUUCAGCUUCGAAUUGCGUACUGGAGCUUCCCUGAAAAUGAGGAUGACAUCAGGUUGUAUUCGUGCCUGGCAAACGGAAGUCCUGAUGAAUUUCAGCGUGGUGAGCAGUUGCACCGGAUCAGAGCCGUGAAAGACCCUCUGCAAAUUGGUUUCCAUCUCAGUGCAUGUGUGGUGCCCAGUCAGGCCGGACAGUCUAGAGGCACCUACAACGUGGCAGUAAUGUUUGAUCGCUGUCGCAUCACUUCCUGCAGUUGUACGUGUGGUGCUGGGGCAAAAUGGUGUGCCCAUGUGGUGGCACUCUGUCUGUUCAGGAUUCACAAUGCUUCAGCUGUCUGUCUGAGGGCCCCGGUGUCAGAGUCUUUGUCCAGGCUUCAGAGGGAUCAGCUGCAGAAAUUUGCCCAGUAUCUUAUUAGUGAGCUACCUCAACAGAUUCUACCCACAGCCCAACGACUGCUUGAUGAACUCUUAUCCUCUCAGUCUACUGCAAUCAACACCUUGUGUGGAGCUCCAGACCCCACAGCUGGACCAUCGGUUUCUGAUCAGAGUACCUGGUAUUUGGAUGAAUCCACUCUGAGUGACAACAUCAAAAAGACACUGCAUAAAUUCUGCGGACCUUCACCUGUUGUCUUCAGUGACGUCAAUUCCAUGUAUCUGUCUUCCACUGAGCCACCGGCUGCUGCCGAAUGGGCCUGUCUGCUAAGACCUUUAAGAGGCCGAGAGCCAGAAGGCAUUUGGAACCUUCUAUCUAUCGUCAGAGAAAUGUUCAAGAGACGAGACAGCAACGCUGCACCACUCCUCGAGAUACUCACUGAGCAGUGCCUGACUUACGAACAGAUCAUCAGUUGGUGGUAUAGUGUUCGGACGUCUGCAUCACACAGCAGUGCCAGUGGACACACUGGACGAACCAAUGGUCAAUCGGAUGUAGCGGCCCAUGCCUGUGCCAGCAUGUGCGAUGAAAUCGUGGUUCUGUGGAAACUAGCAGUGCUAGACCCCACUAUCAGCCCCUGCAGGCGUCUGGAACUGGCAAGUCAUCUGAAGCACCGGCACCUUAAAGUUAUAGAGAUAGUGAAGCGUGGGCAACAUCGCAAGUCCCUGGACAAGCUCUUCCAGGGCUUUAAACCUGCUGUGGAGUCAUGUUAUUUUAACUGGCAAAUGGCCUACCCUCUGGAAGGUAUCACAUCUUGUCACGCUGAAAAGAAUACUGCCAACUUGUCCUGGCCUCGCGGAACGCAGCAACAGAGAGCAGCGAGAGCCUCUGCGGCGGCAUCAGCUAUCAGGGAAGCUUCGGAACUAAGAGGAGCAGAUUCUCAUUCGAGAGGAAGCGCUCGGUCGUCGUUUCAAGAAGAGGUUGUGGUGAGGCCAAAGGAGAUGGUGCUAACCAAAAAAAAGACCAUUGCAGUCAACGGAGGGGGAACUAUGUUGGUUCGUCUGGGAGGAGGGGCUCUCGCACUGUCUCUAGAAGAUGGAGAAGGAAAGUGCUUUUACAAAGGAACAGGUAGUGCCUCCGGGGGGAAGUUGAAACUGAUGAAAGGCUUUGGGAAGGGGGGCAUUUUAGGGGGAUGUCAAAAUAUCAAUGCUAAACAGAGAACCAGCAGCGAGGAUAGCUCUCUUGAGCCAGACCUUGCCGAACUCAGCCUUGAUGAUGGCUGUAGUCUGACUUUGGGGGCCGAGGCAAGCAACACGUUUGAAUAUAUUCCUCCAGCAUCGAUGGGGUUUCCCUCAAACGCUCCGCUGCCCCAAGAGUCGUCGUGCAAGGAUGGCCAGAUUUCGGAUUGUAAACAUAGCAGCAGUCAUGCCACCGUAGCGUUCAAAGAGACAGACGUGGCCGUAUUCGAUGUUUCCGACCAAUUCGAGCACCGGACGCAACAGGAGGACUCGGAAGAGACCAGAGGCGUCAAGCCAGUUCACGGUGACCAGCCGCUAGCCAAUUCGUGCGAUGGAGCUUCCGCCGAGCCUCUUGGUGGGCUUGAGGAGAAAAUGCGUGCCGGAACAGAAGCAGAGAAUAGAGAAGCCGCUGUGUGUGGAAUUGCUCCAAAAGGAGCGGAAGCGUCAAAUGGUGGUGGACUAGUUGUGUGUGAAGAUGACUACCAGCUUUACUACCUGAGCCCUGCUUCAGAAGAGGGAGCAUACAGACAGCUGGUUGACAGCCACGAAGACGGGCCAGACAUCUUUGCAGGGAUCAAGCCAUUAGAGCAGGAGGAACGAAUGGAGGUGCUGUUUGCCUGUGCCGAGUCUCUACAUGCUCACGGUUAUAAUAACGAAGCGUGUCAACUGGCCGUGAAUUUAGCAAAGGAGCUCCUGGCCAACCCUCCGGACCUAAAAGUGGAGCAGCCACAGACUAAGGGUAAGAAGAAUAAAGUGUCGACAGGCCGUCAGACUCAGGUAGCCACCAACACCUUUUCAAAAGCAGCCUUCCUCAUCACUGUACUCAGUGAUCGACCGGAGCUCCAUAACCUGGCCUUCAACACCGGGAUGUUCUCCUUGGAACUCCAGAGACCGCCAGCUUCGACAAAAGCUUUAGAGGUGAAGCUGGCUUACCAAGAGUCAGAUAUUGUGGCUUUGUUGAAGAAACUUCCUAUGGGUCUUCCGGAAAUGUCGCUCAUCAGAGAGAGGGCUGUGCAACUCCGAGAUGGAAACUACUGUGGUUACAGACCAGUCCCUCCUCUCAUGUUGGCCAGCUUUAUUUUUGAUGUCCUCUCUGCCCCGGUUGUCUCUCCAACUGGCUGCAGCUCCUCCAGUCGCAAGGUCAGCAGUGAAAAGCCGGGUGAUGAAGAGCUUGGCUUUGAUGCAGCUGUUUCAGCACUAGGCAUGAAGACCACAGUAAGUGAAGCAGAACAUCCUCUUCUUUGUGAAGGAACAAGAAGGGUUAAGGGAGAUCUGGCUCUGGCCCUCAUGAUUACAUAUAAAGAUCACCAGACCAAGCUCAAGAAGAUCCUUGAUAAAUUAUUAGACAGAGAGGGUCAGACACACAAACCUCAGACCCUGAGUUCCUUCUACUCCAACAAGCCCGCAGCAUCCAGCCAACGCAGCCCAUCCAAACACGGCCCUUCGACUUCGUGUGGAAGCACAUCUUUCAACUCCACGUCUGCCGCCGCCGCCGCCGCAUUGGCUCGCCAAGAGCCGGCGGAUGAGCAGAAAUCUGUGCAGAACAGCACUGCAGGACGCAGCGCUCCUAAUCUUGUCCCGGGAGGCAAUCAAAGUGACUAUCAAAGCGAGUCAAGCACAUUCAAGCUUGACAACACCGUGUCGAGCAGAGUGGCACUUGGGGAACGCUGUGGAUACUGGGGAUCUCCUGCCCGACAGAAGAAGAAACACACUGGUAUGGCAAGUAUUGACAGCAGCGCUCCGGAGACGACCUCAGACAGUUCUCCCACUCUGAGCCGACGGCCAUUACGAGGCGGAUGGACGGCGACGUCGUGGGGUCGGGGCCAAGAUAGCGACAGCAUCAGUAGCUCGUCCUCAGAUUCUUUGGGAUCCUCCUCCUCUAGCGGAUCAAAUCGUGCAGGGUGCGGUGCCAGGGCCAAGAGCACGGACACCAGCAGAUACAAAGGACGUCGUCCGGAAUGCCACGCGCCUCAUGUCCCCAACCAGCCGUCAGAGGCUGCGGCUCACUUUUACUUUGAGUUAGCAAAGACGGUCCUCAUCAAAGCUGGAGGAAACUCAUCUACUUCAAUUUUCACCCAGCCGUCUGUUAGCGGAGUGCAUCAGGGACCUCACAGAAACCUUCAUCUGUGCGCCUUUGAGAUUGGCCUAUAUGCCCUCGGCCUCCACAACUUUGUCUCUCCCAACUGGCUGUCCAGAACCUACUCAUCACAUGUGUCCUGGAUUACUGGACAAGCUAUGGAGAUUGGUAGUGCUGCCCUCAACAUUUUGAUGGAGUGUUGGGAUGGUCAUCUCACACCGCCAGAAGUGGCGUCAUUGGCCGAUCGGGCCUCACGGGCGAGGGACCUCAAUAUGGUCCGUGCAGCUGCCGAACUGGCUCUCAGCUGCCUGCCUCAUGCACACGCUCUGAACCCGAAUGAGAUCCAGAGAGCUUUGGUGCAGUGCAAAGAACAGGACAACACGAUGCUAGAAAAAGCCUGUGUCGCUGUUGAAGAAGCAGCUAAAGGUGGAGGUGUUUAUCCUGAAGUAUUGUUUGAGGUGGCGCAUCAGUGGUACUGGCUGUAUGAGCAUUCGAUCAUAGGAGGAGGCUUAAGUCAACAAAGAGAGACUUUGGGGCGAUGUGGGGCCAAGGGAUGCGUAAGCAGAAGGACCCCAGAGACCAGCUGCGGGGUGGGAACGACCAAUGCGGAGUCGGCCGGAGUAGCAGUUACGGCGGCGGCAGCUAUUGUACCAGUUAUCUCUGUGGGUUCCAACAUAUAUCAGUCCCACGGCAUGUCAGGGCAGGUUAUGGUCCAUGCUCAUACGCAUGGCCUUCACCCCUACGCCACCAUACAGACCCAUCUGCCCACAGUUUGUCCCCCUCUUUGUUCCCCCCAAUACUUGGGUCAUCCUCUUCAGCACACACCAAGACCGGCUGUCUUUCCUGUGUCUGGAGGUACAUACCCACAGGGUAUCCACCCAGCCUUUUUUGGUGCCCAGUACCCUUUUUCUGUGGCUACUGCUCCCUCGCCUUCCAUGGCAGCAAGUGCUGUGAGCUUCCCUGCAAUCCCCGUGCCGCCCAUGACUCAGAUUGCCUAUCCCUAUCAUUCGGAGAGCAGUCUACCAAUGAACUCGACUGUAGCAGGUCAAGACUGGCUGCGUUUGCUUUUUUGUGUACAUUUGAGACCAAGAACUGACCACAUCUGUCAUCUUUUUUUAGUUGGCAAUCUCCAUACCGGCUCCACCUUUCAGGCUAUCCAGGGUUCUUCGCUUUCCGCCCAGCCGAGUCUACUGGCGAGCACUUCCUACCCUGCAGAGGAUGAACACCUUCAGCCAAUCAGUCAGCAGGGCAUGCACUAUCUCCAUUCUGCCUAUAGAGUUGGUAUGCUAGCGUUGGAGAUGCUGGGAAGGAGAGCUCAUAAUGAUCACCCAAACAACUUUUCCCGAAGCCCACCCUACACAGACGACGUCAAAUGGCUUUUAGCACUUGCUUCAAGACUCGGAGUCAACUAUGUGUACCAAUUCUGCGUGGGAGCGGCUAAAGGUGUCCUGAGUCCAUUUGUUCUACAGGAGAUCAUAAUGGAGGCACUUCAGAGGCUGAAUCCUGCUCAUUUUCACACCCAUCUCAGAACUCCUGCCUUCCACCAGCUUGUUCAGCGCUGCCAACAUUCCUACCUGCAGUAUAUCCAUCACAGGCUCAUUCACUUGACACCCGCCGACUACGAUGACUUUGUCAACAUCAUCCGCAGCGCCAGAGCCGCCUUCUGUCUCACACCCGUGGGUGUUAUGCAGUUAAACGAUGUGCUUCAAAACCUGAAGAGAGGCAAACAGACUAAGGAGCUAUGGCAGCGCAUUUCCAUGGAGAUGGCAACAUUUUCACCUUGAAGAAGCCAUUGUGCAUCACAAUGGGCUGAGCCGGCCACAUUCCAACAUUUUAUGUCGGAAACUUUGCUCCCAUCUCACCCCCAGUAAUAUACAGUGGGCAAACGUGUUCACUCGAGGUUCCUGUUUUCUGUGUCAGACAAAAUGCGUUUCUGACUGUAAUUACAUUGAAAUAUAAUAUUGUUUGUUUUUUUCCCUUCAA